AUGAUCUCAAGACUCCCCCGACAACUGCGGAAACUCCCCAGGGUCUUCUGCCCGCCCCCCUCUUCUAUCAGGAUCAGCGGGCAUAGGCUUUUCUCCUCCGGGACCAGCACCACCCCCGCCGACGCAGCCUCUUCACAACCCCCGCCGACAGCUCCCAAGCAGACGCCCCCCCUCCGCCUUAUCCGUGACGCCGCCGACUACCACACCGCAAACUGCAUCAACAGGAACUACCCCAGCCUCUCCGCAAACCCCGCACGCAUCGUCGCCCUUCACUCCGAACUCACCGCGCUCGAAAACAGCGCACGCUCUGCCCGCGAGGAAAAGAAUGCCGACCACAUCGCAACCCUAACCGAGUCCGAAUCGCGGCUGCAAGAGGAAUUGCGCUCCUUAGCACUCGCCCUGCCCAACCGCACACACGCCGAGACCCCCGUCGGCGCCGAACCACGCCUUCUGGGCUACAUCAAUGAGGGUCUCGCCAACACCACCGACUGGGCGGCCAAAAAGUCACAUACCGACAUCGGCGCCGAAUUGGGCCUCCUCGACUUUGCCUCCGCCUCAACUGUCAGCGGGUGGGGAUGGUACUACCUCCUCGACGACCUCGUCCUCCUCGAGCAGGCGCUCAUCAACUACGCGCUCACCACCGCACGCGCGUCCGGCUGGCGCCUUGUUUCACCCCCCAGCAUCGUAUACUCGCACAUCGCCUCCGCCGCGGGCUUCCGGCCACGCGACGCGAACGGCGAGCAGCAGGUGUAUGCCCUCGAGACGGCCGACGGCAAGAUCCCGCAUUCACUCGCAGGCACCGCUGAGAUCCCGCUGGCGGGGUUGGGUGCGGGCCGAGUAUUUGAGGCCGCCGAACUCCCGCUAAAGGUCGUUGGCGCAGGGCGUGCUUAUCGUGCGGAGGCGGGCGCCCGGGGCGUGGAGAGUAAGGGCCUAUACCGCGUUCACGAGUUCACAAAGGUGGAGCUGUUCGCAUGGGCGCCUGCCGACGAUGCGGCGGUUAACGACCAGGGCGGCAAUGUCGUCCCCGCCCCGGACUCGGCAGCGGAGCGGGUGUUUAAGGAGAUGCUGGUGUUCCAGAAGAACCUCAUUUCGAGCCUAGGUCUGUAUGCGCGGGUGCUCGAGAUGCCGACCCAGGACCUGGGCGCGAGUGCGUGCCGCAAGAUCGAUAUCGAGGUGUACAUGCCCUCGCGGUUGGGCAAAGAUCCGUGGGGCGAGGUGUCCAGUCUGAGUAACUGCACAGACUAUCAGGCGCGCAGAUUAGAUACCCGGGUCAAGGACUCCAGUGGGGGAAGAGGGUUUGUGUGGACGCUGAAUGGGACGGCGGUGGCGGUACCGAGGAUGCUGAUUGCGCUGUUGGAGUAUGGGUAUGAGGAGGGGGUGGGGGUGAGGGUGCCGGAGGUGUUGCGGCCGUUUAUGGGGGGCGUGGACGUUAUUAGGCGGCGGUAG